GGUAAUUCUCAUCCCAACAAACUCUUCCUGGCCUGCUCCUCCUCCAAUGGAGGAUCCCUACCCCGUGAAACAGUCUCCGUCUAGUCCCGGCGAUAUUCCGGCAACCCCAACUAUUGUUCCGAGCAGCAAUAAUCUUCCCGCCGAAUAUGCCGAUACUUUCGAUUUACCUCCGGGCUAUCGGUUUUGUCCUUCCGAUAAUGAGCUAAUUCGUUACUAUCUGAAGAAGAAGGUAAUGAACCAGAAAUUGCCUCCCAACGAAAUUCCGGAAGUUAACUUGUACAAGCACAAUCCAGAGGUCCUUUCAGCAAAGUAUCGAAUGAUUGGAACAAAAGAAUGGUACUUUUUCACGCCAAGAGAUCGGAAAUACCCCAACGGUAAUCGACCAAACCGAGCCGUAGGGAGCGCCGAACCCGGGGUUGUGAAUGGAUACUGGAAGGCAACGGGUUCUGAUAGAGAAAUCAAACAUGGGUCAACCGUCAUAGGGUUCAAAAAAGCUUUGGUGUUUUAUGAAGGAAAACCACCAAAAGGCUCCAAGACCAAAUGGAUCAUGCAUGAAUUUAGAGUCAAUGCCCCACCUCUUAGGUCCAAAAUCGUGGGAGUCGAUGGUGUCAACAUGCGGUUGGAUGAUUGGGUUCUUUGUAGUAUCUACAAGAAAGUUGAUAAAUCUACAAAGAAAGAAACCAUAAAGAGUGAAGACCCUGAAUCGAGCUCACAACUUGACCAAGGCAUACCACCCAAUGACAAUGAGGUCAUCACAAUGGCGAAUUCAGACCAGGCUAGUACUAGCAAUGAAGCUAGUACGAGUUAUGGCCAAACCAUGCCACCAAAUGAUAAUGAUAGGGCAACUGGUGGAGGCACAUCUGCUUAUUAUCAAUAUGACAUGUCUUCACUCGUGCAAAAUGGUGUGCCCAUUUCAUCACAUCCAAGCUACCCUUUUACCCAUGGAAAUCAACACAUCAUGACCUAUGGUGAUCCAUAUCAGCUUCCCGGAACACCUUCACCCUUAAGCUUCUAUUACAGUCAUGAAGUACUCUUCCCGAUAGCCGAAAAUUAUAGUUAUAACUUCUCUACAUGGAAUCCCACGAACGAGGAUGCCGAGUAGUACCGAUUCCAUUAAGGAUGUUUUUGAUCUGACUGGAAUUUUCUGGUCUGGUCUAGUGUGAUCUGGUCUGGUUUAUUUAAGUAUGGUUUGAAUUUUCUGGUUUGCUCUAGUUUGGUUUGAUUUGUUUAAAUUUGGUAUUGUCUAUUCGGUUUAAGUAUGGUUUGUUAAGGAUGGCAUGGUAUGUUUGUCUAAGUAAAAAAGACAAGUCCACCGUACCAUCCUGUAUUAGUGUGUGUCAUCCUAGGAGACUAUUCUGUUUUUUUUACUAGUAUGUGUUAUGUGUUUUUAGAAAGUGCUUGCAGUUACAUGCAUUCCCCUAGAAUAUUUGGUGUAAAGUGCAUUGGUGGAC